AUGGCUCCCAGAACAAACGACUUCGAAGUGACCGAAACGCCUUCAACUUACGAUUUGAUCAUCACGUCAGGCACGCAGCUUCCCGACCAGGAAGAAAACCAGCUUAUGGCCCAAGUUGCUGGCCAGGAGGAGCUGGACUUGCAAUAUUCCGAUCAGGAUAUUGAGGAGCUCAUGGAUUUUGGACAGACGAAUUUUUCUCUUCCUGGCCAGCAGUCUGAUCAGCCGCUGGGAACGUUCAGCCAGGAGGAACCUCUUGCCUCUGAGCUGAAUGGACAACAAUUUAGUCAGCCAAUCGAUAACACAUUCGAGGGAGCUCUUUCCUUUCAGCUUCCUGACCAACAAUACGGUCAGCCAAUUGAUAACACAGUCAGCCAAGGGGGAGCUCUUUCCUUCCAGCUUUCUGGUCAGCCAUUCAAUCAGCCAAUUGAUGUGCUUUCCUCUCAGCUUCCUAGCCAGCAAUUUAGUCAGCCAAUGGAUAGCACGGUCAGCCAGGAGGUUCCUCUUUCCUUCCGGCUCACUGGUCAGCAAUUUAGUCAGCCAAUGGAGAACACAGACAGCCAGAAGAGACCUCUUUCCCUGCAGUUUCCUGGACAGAAUUUUGUCCAGUCACCGGAUCAAAUUUCUGUCCAAGAAACUCCAGUUUUCCAGCUUCCAGACCAGAGAACCUUCCAGCGUCGCCAUUACCCCUACAGACAGCCACAGACUAAUGUCCCUAGCCAGGGAAUCCCCAAGUGUCUCCAUCGGUCCUCUUAUAGGCCACUGGCUAAUCUUCCUGACCAGGGAGCUUUACAGCUUCCCCUUCAGAACUAUUUCCAACCAGUGGCUCAAGUCUUUAGCCAGGAAGCUCCAGCCUCACAAAUUUCUGACCAGCAGCUGGCUGAGCUAUCACUUCCGGGGUUUCAUCAAGCACGGCUAGAUCUCCAGCAGCCUAGCCAGUCGCAUCCACCACUGUUGUCUCUGCCACAAAUCACACCGCAGCAGCAGGAGACACAGGAAAAUGCCAGUGCUCAACUCGAGCUAGAUCAAGCUACAAUUCAGGUACUUGAGCUGCUCUUCCCACCACGAAAGCCGACAUCAUCUCGUGGACGGCUGCAACUGCCCGUACAGCCACAAAAUGUACAGCAGGAUGGUUCCAAGAUGGGAAGGGCCUUGAUGAACAUUGGGCAGCCAGCAGCACAGGAGCAGAAUAUCCUUCCUGAACAACCCCAACAGCCUCAGCAUGAGGGACAAGAUACCCUCGGGAUGGAUUUGGCACUGGCUAAUUAUGAGCAGACAGAACCACAGGGACUGGAGAUUUUUUUUGAUGAGCCGAAACAGUCCAGUCAAGGUAUCAUGUUGUCAAGACAAGAACAGGACAAGGAGAAGCUUCGGUUGCUACGUCUGCGUGUAGCCUUUCUACAAAACCCAGAGGCAAAUCCCCUACCGCCUUCGGUAGCCCCCGAACUCGGUCACCAGAAGAGCGCCCGGCCAAGAAUUGGCACGCAGUGGCAGCACAAUACCUUUGGCGAGUUUCUGAACUUGGAAGACUAA